CUCGAGACGACGCGUGAUGUGAUUGACAGCUAAAGAGAAUGUGUUGUUGUCAUAGUUAUCUAGUAGACUAUUUACCUGUAAGACUGUACACUAUAGUGUUUUAAUUCUUUAGAUUUUAAUAUCGUAUGUUAUAUUAGACUAACUGAUUGAUUCUGUAGUUUUAUACAGCUGAUGUAACAAACGAUUCUUCAACAUUGCUAAAGAGACAAUCAUGGCUGAACAGGAAGUAUGUACUAUUUGUUUGAAUGACUAUCAACAAGCUGUAAAACUGGACUGUAAUCAUUCGUUCUGCUUCAUCUGUUUAGAAGAUUAUGUGAACAAAACCUCCACUAAUGACCACUUUCCGUGUCCUUUGUGUCGUGUCGAAUCUUCAUUACCAGAGGGUGGAGUGAAGGAACUGAAACCGAAAGUAAACACUAACAUUCCACAAUGUGACGUAUGUAUAAAUAGUUUAUCUAAAUUUAGUUGUAAAGAUUGUCAACAAUAUUUAUGUGACUCUUGUAAAACGACCCAUGAUAAAUUAAAAGUCUGUAAAGAUCAUAUUGUCGUUAGAUACGAGGCAUUGCUGACUUUCAGCACCGAAUCAGGGGCAAACAACUCCGUGACAGAAGACGUGAAAUAUGAAUCCAGUCCACGUGAUGUCUGUCCAAAUCAUCAACAGACGAGUGUAAAAUUUUACUGUAAAGAUUGUUCAAUGGCCGUCUGUUCUGAUUGCUAUGUCAUUGAUCAUAAUGGACACCAAUUCUUAAAUUUACAAGAUGACAGAGUAAGAGAAGAAAUCAAAGGAGAAUUAAAAACAUUAAACGAAGAAAUAAAAACCCACAUUGAUCAACUUGAAAACUUCAGUGAAAGUUUAAAUCUGAAGUACAGUGAAGUGAAGGAUUCGGUGAAGACAGAAUGUGACAAGAUAGAUGAACAGGUUGAUAGAAUUUGUAGAGAGGUGAGAGAACUUGGAGACCAGAUGAAACAACAAAUGAAAACAUCCUGUGACGAAGAUGUAUAUGAUGAUGUUGAUGGAAAACUCAAAAAAUUAAUGGAGGAUAUUAAAAGACAAACUGAAGAUUUAAAAGCUAGUGUUAAAUAUUCAGUGAAUGUUUUAGAAGAAUCGUCGAUUGUUCAAGUUUUACAAAGAUUACCUAAAGUUAGACAGGAGAAAGAUGAAAGUUGUUGCAGAAAAUUGGAUAUACCUGAUGUAAGAUAUUCAACGUUUCAAGUAGCAGAGAUAGAUAAAACUUUGUUAAUUAAUCAACUUGGUAAAGUUGUAAGUUGUCAUGAGAAUAUGUUUGAAGAUGUUUUUAAUGUGGAUACUGUGCCAGGAAGGUUUAGAAGGUAUAAUGGUAAACAACAUGUAGUUUCAGGUUUUACAUGGAGUAUCAGUGUAGCUAACAACCGGUCAUCAUUAUAUGUUGUAUUAUACCUGAAUGACGUAGAAGAUAAAAGUAUUACGUCAUGUAAUGUUGACGUCACAUAUAAAGUUAUAAAUAAAACAGAUGAUAGACAAUCUGUAGUUAAACAAUGUAAUGGGACUGAUGAACCUGGUGAUUGGGUCUGUUAUACUGAUCUUAUUGACUGGAAGAGACUCAGUAAUCCUGUCAGUGGAUUUAUUGAUGAUCAUAGAAACUUUACAAUUCAAGUAACAAUUAAUAAAAUAAACGUAAAUAAUAAAAAACGUAAAUAAUUAGACUAAUGUUAUUCUGAUUAUUCUGUAGAAACUUUACAAUUCAAACAACAAUUAAUAAAAUAACAGGCAUUGAAAGAUGUAAAUAAUUAGACUAAUGUUAUUCUGAUUAAAACUAAUAAUUGAACCUAUAUAUGAAUUAACUUUAAAUAAUCUAAUUAUUAUGCUGCACGAGAGAUAACCUAUUGUCCCGGUCAUCCAGUACACUUCAGUUAUUCAAAUCAAACUGAAACCGGGUUUAACAUCCUAGUCUACUUCAUCAGCCGAACUCAUAAAAAAUAUAUAAACCAUGCAGUGUGCCAUGGAAGAUAUUUGCCUGGACAGGGGGAGUUUCCACCUGCCAAUGAUUCUCCAAGCCCACAUAGGACUGCAGUUUUUUUGUCCCAUCCAAAACACUAGACACCAUUCACUGUCAGGCCCUCCAUCUUGCAUAAUUCUGAAAAAUCAUAAGGAUCUUUCCCAGCCAACCCCGAGAUCGACCAUUCGACCUACUGUUUAGUUGGUUAGCGAGCGCAUUACUCCCUGAGCCACUCUGACUUCCAAAAUCCACUUGAAAGAAACGGAAUGAAAUGAAAUGGGGUUUAACGUCCUACUGUUCUGCUCCUACUGGGCUAAUGAAAUGAAAUGGGGUUUAAUGUCCUACUGUUCUGCUCCUACUGGGCUAAUGAAAUGAAAUGGGGUUUAA